GGUUGCCAGGACAACCAGUGCUCCCUGGGCUUGCGCCUGGCCAUGUGACAGCCGCCUUGACGUCAGCUGGAGGCAGAGCCUGCGGUUUCGGCCGCGCAGCCAAAGCCUUGUGAGAACCUAGUAGAUGCUGGAUUUAUCCCCGCCACCGCCGCCACCGCCGCUGCUGUUUCUCAGGGGCUGCCAGAGCAUGGACUAUUAAAAACUUGCAUUUCUGCAGUGUGAGGUAAUAUUUUGACACCAAUAUGGGAAAGCAAAACAGCAAACUACGCCCUGAAGUCAUGCAAGAUUUGCUAGAAAGUACAGACUUUACAGAACACGAGAUCCAGGAGUGGUACAAAGGCUUCUUGAGAGACUGUCCAAGUGGACAUUUAUCAAUGGAGGAGUUUAAAAAAAUAUAUGGGAACUUUUUCCCUUAUGGGGACGCUUCUAAGUUUGCGGAACAUGUAUUCCGCACUUUUGACGCCAAUGGAGAUGGAACAAUAGAUUUCAGAGAAUUCAUCAUAGCCUUGAGUGUAACGUCAAGAGGUAAACUGGAGCAAAAGCUGAAGUGGGCAUUCAGCAUGUAUGACCUCGAUGGGAACGGCUACAUCAGCAAGUCAGAGAUGCUGGAAAUCGUGCAGGCAAUCUAUAAGAUGGUUUCUUCUGUAAUGAAGAUGCCGGAAGACGAGUCGACACCAGAGAAGAGGACAGAGAAGAUCUUCCGCCAGAUGGACACCAACCGUGAUGGAAAGCUUUCUCUGGAAGAGUUCAUCCGAGGAGCCAAGAGUGAUCCGUCCAUAGUCCGUCUCCUGCAGUGUGAUCCCAGCAGCGCCGGGCAGUUCUGAACCCAUUCUUUGGAUGAAUUAUGUAUCUGCUUUUUUUUUUUUUUUUCCUUGCCAAACAACAUUCAUGGUAGUGUUGCCUCUGUACGGCCAAUUAUGCCUUCAUUUGUGGCAUCUUAUAGCUUCUUUUGUUGUGGAUUAAUUAUAAGAAUGCUGAAUUGCUCUUAACAAUUUGUCCAGAGCACGGGCAGUACUGUUUUAAACAGAUAUUGUGGUGUUAUCAUUGUUUUAAAGAUUUUGUUUUGUUUUUUUGUUUUAACGUGUCUGUUUUGGAAAGUAAGCGUUGAGAAGGAGUAAACCAACAAGAAAACCCUUGGCAGCAAGACACACUGACAGAUUUUAGAUUGCUGUUUUAUUAGCUAAGUAUUCACCCGCAGGACCUGAAAGUGUAGUACAGAUUGAACCAAAGGGGUUGUGAUGGGUGGGGUAGGAUUCACCUGGAACCUCCUCUCUUGUCCAGGAGGCACCAGUUAAGGUCAGAGACAGGUUCAGGAAGAAGUAUGAAAGUGCAAAACGUGCAGGGUGUAUCGUCCACUCCCCUGCUCCUAUGCCUCAUUGUUACAAUGCUGUGAACAUUUUCCAGGUUGGGAAGGAGAAGGGAAAAAAGCAAAGGUCGAUUUUUUUUUACUAGGUUUACAGUGGCUGAUUUCACAUGGCUUUAUCUGAAAAUUUUGCAAGGAAUUUGCAAUCCUGAUCCCCAAAUCCACAACUGACAAUACCUCUUGCCAUUUGGGAUCAGCAAAGGCAGACACAGGUGUGGAAAACUGGGUCUUGACAAUGAAUUUAAGGGAAAUACAUACUGAAUGUGAAAUUUUCAGGUUAGUAAUAAAGCAGUGUCUACUAAGGAGAGUGGACAUCACGUGAGGAACUCACGGACACCUGCCAGCAGCUCCAGCUGAGGCACGUCUGCUGUUCUGAAUGCUCUUGCACAGUAUGAAGUUUUGGGGGUGUUUUUGUCUCUCUCCAUGUAGCUAACAGAGUUUCAGGGCCUGCUCUUAGGGGAAGGCUGUCAUCAAAACUUGUUUUAAACAUAAAAUUGUAGCAUUUAUAUUUCAUUUAUUUUAGUAAAGUUAAAAAAAUCUGUACUGAAACAAGGAAAUGGUACGCUUUAUGGUAUAUUUAUAUAUAUAAAAAUUAAAACAAAAAAAAAGAUCAGCUCUUGAGAGAAAUGUUGAAUGUUUAUCUUUUCACCUAGAUGCAGGAGUUCUGAAAUUUGCUGCUGCAAAGCUUUAUCCUUUGGUCAAAGUUAUUGUAUGCAAAGCUAGUACACAUACGUGGGAUUUCUUAGGAACUUUACAAGUGCUGCUGCAACAGAAAAGCUUUAGCGACAGGACGAAUUACGCUGACUAAAUUGGCAUUAAUCUGUCAUUAGCUAAAGUCUGCUCUGUGAUCCUGUUGGAGAGGUACCCAUGUAGGCAGUGCACAGCAUUGGGAAUUCAUGAGCUCAUUAGAGUAACCUUUGUCUGACAGGCAGGGUUGGCAUUUUGUCAAGUGACCUUGUAGAUGCUAAUCCCCAGUAGCCUUAAUUUGAAAUAAACUAAGUAAAAUAAGUCUGAUUUGCAGAUGAUGAUUAGCUGAGUACUAAUUAGAAGUCAAGAAUAAGUAGCCAGGUAUGAAUAAUUUUUUGUUGAACACUAUCUAGCAUGUACAAUAACCGAAAGAAAAAAUCCUAGACUUAAUUUUUCCAUACCAUUUGCUUUGCCAGGUAUGAAGUGCAGAGCAUAUGAAAGUAAAAUAAAAAUAAAUUGAAAAUAACAUGGCUAAUCAGUUGUAGUAAAAUGAUUAUGAGUGGCUAAUUACACUCAAUAAAUGUAUUCAGGCACACACCUUUGUCUCAAAUAAUGUCAGAAAUCCAGUUCAUGAUAAAUUCCCGUUAUAGUAAUCAAAAUACCGAGAAGAGAUGUGUGUGGGAAAAUGAGAAAGCAAAAGGGGUCCAACCACAGACAGAAACAGAUUUCAAUACCUAGCAUUUUUAGCUGCUACAAGCAUCACUGGCAAAUUUUGCACCAGUUCUUCUGGUUGAUGGAAAUGUUCCCUAUCUCUCCCUAACCUUCAUUAGACAUCCUGUGCACAAAUCUAACCCUUCAAAUGAGAGCCUGUGCCUAUCCUCUUCAAGGUAAUCUUCUGCUUUACCUGGAGAGGUCCUGGCCCUCUCUCCCGUAUCCAUCACCGCACGUAUAUUGAAAGCCAUGUUCCCUCUGAAGUGCUCUGAGGGCUGUUUUUCAGCAGGACGAGGCUGGCCAGACGGCUGGGGAUCGCUGCAGGAAGGUCAGGGGCCAUGCACUGACCCACACCCCCUCUGUCAGACGGGGGUGACCAGCCCCACUGCCCCAGCUGCUCCCGGGGUGCUCCCACCACCACCGCUGCGCGGGCAGGACUGGGUGACACUAGAGGAACCCUGCCGAACUCCUGACCUACCUGCUCAGUGCAGGCACCCAGACCCAAAGCAGCCCAGACCUACAGAACCUGCAUUUACUGGAGGUGAACUUGGAUACUUUCUACAGCCCCAUCUUCCUCUCAGUGUUGUGAAAGCGGUUGCAUGUGACUGAAACUUCUAAAACAUUGCCUUUUAUUUAAGCAACUGCAUUCUAGCUCUUUUUAGUUUUAUAUUUCUGGCCCUGAACCUAAUCUCUCCGUUUGUUUUUGCUCAGUAGCUGUGGGGCUCAGGGGCCAGGCUUACUUCACGUGUUAGUACUGUGCAACACAUGUUUGAAAACACAACCUGUGAUGUGACCCCAGGCGGAGAUGUAAUUCUUCCCACAGUUCACAAAAGCUGGAAGAAUAAGAAUUAGCCUACAGCUGCAGAGGACGUAGCUGGAGAUAAGACUAUUGUAUAAACUGUUACAGAGUGAAUUAAGGUUAUUCUUUUACCUGACUACCACUGGUGAUUAGUAUUGUUUUAAAUUAACUAUCCCUUUCUUUCUCUGCCUCUGCAUGUACGUUAAAAGUGAUCCGUAGCUGGAGUUGUGAUAGGAGCAUCUGCAGACCUCAGAUCAGCAGGACAGCAGUGGUGUGCUGCUCCUUGAAUUAGAAUUUUCUGCUUUGCUGCCAUUUGCAUUUGCAAUCAUAACUGCCUUCAUAAACCUCUUGAAGAAAAAAUGACCUAUCCUGUAUAAAAUAGCACAGCAGGUCAGAUGCUUUCAAGAGAUCAAUUAGCAAUAUUUCCAUACAGGAAGGAUGGCAGACAGCGCAUAGUAUUUCACAUCACCUCCCAAUUUUGUAGAUGCAUUCUCCAGUAUUAGUUGCAUGUGAACGAGGUAAUCUCCACUCAGUGUGUUGUCCAAAUGCACUAGUGAGUACAUCCCGCAUGUAGACUGAAUCCAUGGAAAAUAACGGUCCCAUUGAGGCAGCAUUCCCAGUCAGCUUGCCAAACACUGGGCCAGAGGUUGUGAAGUGAGGACUAUGACUUGUGUGAUCUGCAGCAGCCUGUCUUUGGUUUAGAGUGCUUUGGGAAGGGGAAAGGGAAUACAACCCUUGUAAAACCAGCAGGCAUGUGCUUUCGUGAACGCUUAUGGUUUGAGAAGGACUGAAGAAAGAUCUAUGUUUCAACGUUAUUUGAAGCCUUGUGGGUUCACAGCAGUGAAUGUUCCUGAGGUACAUGGAGCUCUGCUGUUCCUCUUGCUGUUCUUAGGAGCUUCUAGGAUUUUCACCUUACUGUUGGGCAUUUUGUCCUUUGUUGUUCUCUGUUAUAAAGCACGACCUCCACAUUUUCUAGACACUGCUGCAUAAAAACAAAAGCCAGAAGUGUGUAACUUCUGCAGCUGGACGAGGUCUACGUGCACACCAGCACAAGAAGUGGUCACACAUAACCAAGUCCCCCAUGGUUUAAUAACUGCCCCUGGGAGCUGAGCCCUGAAACUUUUCAGCAGGUACUCUUCAUUGAUGGCAAAGGUGCAGUAAUGUGCCUUAGCUUAAUUUUCUUUCACUGCAGACCAGGCUAAGUCACAUUACCUUGCAUUUGCUCUGGGCUGAAAGUGCACACAUGGGCAGAAACCUCAGCUCAGCUGACUCAUGGAAACUUGGUGAACUGUGGUAACUUGAUGUUGAGCCCUAAUCUGCAGACUAAGCCGAGAUGAGAACAUGGCCAUAGCCAUACGUCUCCCAGUACAUGUGAACUGGGGAACACGGUGACAACUGGCAGGUGCCUGGGGACACGUGGCGGUGGGGAGGGAAUCUCCUGCCUCAGAAUGAAAACCCUGAGCUCAGAUGUCUCCCUUCUUUUAAAACUCUCUCUGUUUUUUUUUUGUUUUGUUUUUUUUUUUUUAGCAACACUGGUGAAGAUGCAACUUGAUAGCAAUAUAGCACGGUCAGGAUAAAGGAGGCAUCCUUCAAAAGAGUUUGCUUUUGAAGCCUAGCAUACAAGCACCAAGUGAAACAAGCAGAGGGGAGGGCUGGACAAGACCUCCUGAACACCUGCUACGACAGCACCUCCUUUUGUCUUUCUCAUGGUGCUCCCUCGGUUUCCUGGAGAGGUGGUCCUUGGGCUCAGGAGUUAGGUGUCAGGUAACUGGUGCAGGACCGGUGGAGAAUAAUAUUUCACCUGCCUUUUGCACAAUCAUUUGGGAUGCAUUCUUUGCUUUGUGUCUUACUGGGUGGGAUCUCAUGUAGGAGUCUUAAAGUGGGGGAAGUCUGUUUCCUUGGUAUCGCAGGCAGAACUUGUGCUUAGAAAUGCAGAGAAACUUGGCAAGUGUCAGACAGCUGAGCAACGCUCAGAGCUGCAUGCGGAGUUUUCCAUUGACUGUGCAGUAGGCAGAUAAGAUACAAAGCAGUGAUAUGUCAGACUCGUGGUGUGAUGUGCUCUGAGAUAGGGCUAGACCAGAAAUGGCACCUUCUAGAGCAGCAGCUCUGUCUGAUGCAUAUUCAGUCAGAGGUGCUGACAAAAUACACUUUUAAAUACCUUCAGCAUGAACAUGCAGCUGCAGGAGUAGAAUAAAUCUGCUCUUUCUUACAUAUAAACAACAGAGCUGUUUGCUGUGCCCCAGUUAGGAGUUGAACAAACAGCUCCCAGGAGGAGCAUAAGGCACUUCCUAAGUGUAACUGAGGGUAAAACAUUGCCUGCAGGAGCUUUCUUCCCAGUUGUGGUAGACGAGAAGGGAAAGUUCCGUUUGACUCUCAAAGCCCAGGUGCCAUUUUGCAGGCCAGGGAAGGUUAGAAGAACAGCUGUGUUUUAAGCACAUGGAAGGAAGAAGCAGCAGGGUCUGUAAAUUGGCAUGGAAAGCGGUGACACUAGAAAUCGAGAGCAUCGUUGAGGGGCUGCAGAAGCUGUUAGGUGGCUCUGGCAUUCAAAGCAGUAGAACGAUCAGUUGGAUGCAAAGUCAGUCUUCUCGUCCCUUGUAGAAACCAUCCCUGGCUGCCAUGGAUCUCAGUUAGCAGCACCCCUUACCCCAGCCUGGCUUUUGUUGUUGUUGCUUCCAAAUCAUCCAUACUGAGAAGUUGUGUCAGGGGUGAGGAUUUUCACAGGAUAACAUAUAAAGCUUUUCAGAUAUAGUCUCCAUAUUUUGACAAGUAACAGCUGGCAAGGCCAGAUGGGAGGGGCUUUUUGCAAAGGACAGAUUUGAUUUCCUCAUUGUUCCCACAGGUCAUAAGUGUUAUUUUCAUAUGUAUAGUUGGGAUUAAGCUAUCUCAUGUAAAAUGCUGACCAGUGCACAAUAAACAAGGCAAAAAACCCCACCUUAGGAUGUAGUGAAUAAUGUGAAAAGACUAGAGAAAUUAAAAACUGUAAGAGACAUCGCUGCCUUUAGAUCAGGGUCUGAAUUCACAGGGUGAAAAUCCCUUAGCAAUAGCCAGCACAGAAUAGCUCCUCUGUGCCAGCCCAGUCUGUGGGACCUCCUGGGCUUCUUUGACCCCCCGUCACCUUCUGCCAAGGCUGGGGACUCUGGGUUCUGCCACAGAGAUUGUCAUCUGAGUUUAUUCAGCCUGCAGAAUGCUUCCCCAGUCUCAAAGCACAUGACAGCCACCCUCUCUGUAGUGUUCACUUACUGUGCAGCUGAGACAAAUCUUUGAUCUUCCCUUCUUGCCCUGAUCUUAUACCAAAGAUGUUCUCACCUUCCUAGGGCAGGCGCUCAGGAUGUCCAUCUCUCCAAGGCUUUGUGCCCACCUCCCAGUUUCCAUCCCUACUCUCUGUGUGAGUGAACAACUAACACCAGCCCUUGACAUCUGGAAGAGCCAGGCAUUUAGAAUAACUUCUGACAUGGUUCCCAGCCUUUGGCCCUCCUGUGUGUACCUUGCCAACCACACUAUUUCCUAUUAUUAAGUAAUGGCAGUAUUAAACAUUUCAAGAACACACUGAACCUCUGGAACAAUGUGGUUUUCAUUAUUGUGUAUGUGUUUGCCAAGGCACGGCAAACUGAACCUGACUGGUGCUCGCUCUCCACUCCUGUGGUUUGUACCACAGAGAUCUGAUUUCUUCCAGGCAGGAGCAGCAUCUUCCUGUGCAUCACCAUUCAGCGUGUGGUGCCCCAAUGCUGCCUAGAGCACCCAGAUGGUGUGGACCAAGAGAUAAUUUUGGUGCAGUAAUGUCAGACAGAAACUCUCCCUGCCAUCUGUCAAAAACACGUGCUGAGGGUGUGACCGCUGGUUUUCUCCUCCCUGGGGACAAGGUAUUCAGGGUUGGCCUCACAUUCCCCCACCAAAUGGGAUGAUAGUGAUUAGUAAACCCACCUGAGAAAAUCCUCUUAAUUCUAAGCUUUGUUUGUGCUGUUAAUUGGCUGCAUUCAGAGGGAAGAUUAAUGGGUCCUCUGCAGUUGUUUUGGGGAGAACUUGCAGUUCUUUGCCAUGACCACCUUUUUAUUUUCUGUCAUUAGUUUAUUCCCAUUUCCAGGGCAAUUAAAUAGUUUUUAUUAGUAUCUGAGAGAAAAAGAAAAAAACAAAACCAGAGUUUCAAUCUGAUAAAGAUCUAAGGAAGCUUACUAAAGACAUUGUACUCCAUGUCAGUCAUAUGAUUGCUCUACAAGAUCAUGUUUCUUUGGUAUUUUAUGUUUAAUUUCCUUAUUCAUGUUUUAGCUGUGUUUGUGAUCUAUUUAUUUAUUUUGGAUCCUCUUAGAUUCAGCCCUGCCCGUUGUUUAGCUCAUAUGCUAGCAGAAGUCCCAAUGACCCCAAGAGCAGAGCUGCCUGAGCAAAUGCCAGCAAGGUGGGCUCACUGUGCCUAGUAAAAAUUAAGUGCUUAAUUAGGUUAGGGAUUAUUUUUUGUCUACACAUUUGCUACAAGGAGAGAUUGAACUGCAUUUUGAUAUGCUUAUCUCUUCCACUUGCUCACUUCAAUUCCAUCCAAGCAGUCUUGUAGUUAAUAUUUGUAUAUUCAGUUUUACUUUGCUCUUGAACCCGAGGUGACCAAUAUCAGCUUUCUCUGAAAGAAGUACUUGAUACCUUUUGAUUUUUACAUAUUGCAGAGUGAAUGAUGUGAUGGAUGCAAAAGUAAAUAGUUAUACAUUUGUUUGUGUAAAUUUGGGCAGGUAUUUUUGAUGCUGUAGAGACUAAUAAAUUGAGAUAAACCAUGGCCAAAAGCUGAAUGGAUCCAACUGUCCAGUUCCCAUUUAAGUCCAUGACCAUUCCGCAGGGAAAGCUUUCUCAUCUCUGUUCCCUCAGGCUGUUUCUACGUUGCAGUAUAGAGUAGAGAUACGAAAACUAAAUAAGCUACCAAGGGCAUACUAACUGCAGCAGCAUGGAGUUCAGCAUAUCCUGUAUCUUGACAAAAUUAGAUACCUCUCUAGAUGAAUACUUGGUAAGCAAACCUACAUAUCCUAAGGAAGACUUUUACAAAUUAGAAAGGAGAGGGAUGACUAUGAAUUAAAUUAAUUUGGUCAGCAUAUUUUUCUUAUGGCUGUCUAGAGUUGCUAGCAUCCUGCGUGUAGUUGCCUAUAGCUAUCGUGAUGUGUUAAUUUUCCCCUCUGGUUCUGCUGUAAGCUCAUCUGGUGAUAUUCCGAGUCUCCAGCCAGUUCUCAGACAGGCAAAGGCCACGGAAGGAACAUCUAGAGGUGAGAUGAGAUGCCUUCAGGAAGACUAAGGGCAACUCUCAGGAUUCGGCCCUGUGUUGUUGCAUGCUUUGGGAGCAUGUACCCGCAGCGUGACACAUUAAACCUACCCAAUAAAAUGGAAGUAGAUGAUCAGGCCAUCAGAGGAGAUGGAGAAUUUGGUGGAGGGUUGUGUAUGUGUUUUGUGCCCCCAGCACGCGCACUGUUCCCCCUGCUAUUAAUUUCCAGUUAGGACCUUUCCUGAACUCUUAGUGUCAGAGUAAAAUUUUCUUAUGCUGAUAAGGUAUUUGUAUUACGCAACGUACUCAGAAAAAAAAAAAAAAUUAUCUCUCUAUGACUGUCCUCUCCUCUCGAGAAGAUGUUCUCUUCUGUACAUACGAUAUGCAGAAUGUAUGGGAGUCUUACCAGUGUUGGUUUGCAUUUUUAAGACUGUACUAAUUAAUGUGUGAUACUAUUGUGUUUUCGUAGUGGCAUCUUUGUUGUAAGAUGUAAAAACUAUUUAAAGUGAUUUUAUUUUUUUGUUAUUGUUCAGCUUUUAGAGAUAGCACCAAGGACUGACUGCAUGUUCACUAGAAUCAGCCUUUUUCAAGGGCUGUCAUAGCUGCACACAACACAGGUGUUUCACCUGGAGCAUAGUACCUGCGUUCUCGUUUUAAUAGGGGUCAGUUUUGAGUGGAAACUAAUUCUUCCUGAAAAGUCUAGUUUUCUGUCUUACCCUCUCUCAGACUCAAGCUUCCCCCUCCUGUCCUGUGUGCCAGUCCCAGCCCCAGGAGGAGACCUCGAGGAAGGUCCCCUAACCCGGGGCACCCUGCUGGCCCCAGCACCAGGCUUCCUUAUCCCUUAGCUCACCCACGUGCACACUCGGUUUUCCUUGGCACUGCUGGCUAUACCGGGACGAAACCGAUGGGUUCACAUUUUAAGACCAUUUGUGCAAGUGACUUUAAAAUUAAUUAACUAAAAUUUUGAGGAAUUAAGCAACUAAGGAAAAAAAGAGCCUGAGUGGCAUGAUUGGGGUCAGAAUUUUAUUGGGGUGCUUAAUAUAGCGAGAACUUGGGGUCAGUCCCUAAAAGACAGGACCGACUUGGGGGCUUAGGUCUACGUUUCUUGUCAGGUCUGCAGAGAGAAGAGGGGCUCAGAUUCAGCCUUUCAGGCAGAGCUGACUUACUCAGAGGAUUGAGUCUGAGAGAUGCUUCUCCAGAUCGUGUCCUGGGCCAAAAGACAAGACAUGCUGCAGCUUAGGAGUUGUUGUUUUUUUUUUUUUUUUCUUUUAGUUUUUUUCUUUUUAAUGGAGAAAGCAGUUCAAACUGCACCUGGCAAAAUGACUGACUUCAAAAGCAUGUUUUUCCUUGUUAUAUAGACACUCACAAAACAGCAUUGUGUGGUUAAAAAGGCGCGUUUGUGAUAGUUUCUUUUUCAGUGCCAAAAUAUAUAAGCAGUAUUGUUUGAAGGGAAAUAAGAAUUUUUUUACUGUAUUGUUAUUACUGUUGAACAAAUAUUGUUUUUAAAUGUUAGAUUUUGAAGACUUUUGUAUUGUAAACUGUUUUGUGACAUGGUGCUUUUUCAUACUGGAAUUACUAAUUGCACCUAAAUAGGAAUUAUUUUGUUUUCUUAUAUAAAUAUGUAACCUUGAACAAUCUUGAUGAAAACCAGUGUAUGGUGGAUACCAAUGGUUCAAACAAAUUCUCCUACUGAAAUCCCCUAAAUGUUCUUUCCUACUAAUAAACAUUCUGCUGCAGCUA